AAGACCUUGUUAAAGAAAACAGGAUCAAGGCGCUCUUAUGAUAGAAAAAGGAAUGAAAAUAAAAAUGAAUCAACAGAGUGUCAUAACAACAUUGCAAAAGAUGUAUUAUGUGGAUUUGAUAAUAAAAAAAUAAUGCGUAAGAAAAAAAAGCAAGAAAAUAUAAAAGAAAAACGAUGCGACUCCACAUAUAAAGAGAACGAGAAAAGGAAAAAUAUUGAGCGAAUGCAACUAUUACGUCGUAGAGAUACCUUCUCCAUGGAGCGAAGAAAGAACAAACAAAGGAUGCAGAUGAAACGAAUUGAAGAUAAGAAUUAUGCAAUCCAAGAAAAAGUUAAAAACACUCAAAGGAUUAAACGAAAGAGAGCUAGAGAUGAAGAUUAUACAGCGCAGGAAAAAAGGAAAAAUAUAAAAAGAAUGAAAAUCAUGAGAGAAGUAGAACAUUAUCAAGCUCAGGAGAAAAUCAAUAAUACACGAAGGAUGGAACGAACAAGAAACGAGGAUGAAAUUUAUGCAAUACAAGAGAGAGAUAAAAAUGCUAUAAGAAUGCAAAAGAAAAGAAAAAGUAAUGAAGAUUAUAUAACACAGGAAAAGGAUAAAAACAAGCGGAGAAUGAAAAGGAAAAGAACGGAGGAUGAUAGUUAUGUAACCCAGGAGAAAAUCAAAAAUAACCGGAGGAUGGAGAAAAUGAGAACAGAGAAUGAAGAUUAUAGAACACAGGAAAACGAUAAAAACGGUCGAAGAAUAAAAAGAAAAAGAGCGGAUGAUGAAAAUUAUGCUACUCAAGAGAAAAUCAAAAACAAUGAGAGGAUUCAGAAAAAAAGGGCCGAGGAUGAAGGUUAUAAACGAAACGAAAGAAUUACAAAUAAAGAUCGAAUGAAAGUCAUUCGUUCUGAACAAAACUACACACAGAAGGAGAACGAAGCUAACAUCUUACGAAUGCACACCUUACGCGAUGAAAAUUCGUACAGAGAAUCGGAAAGAAAUCAUGAUAGAAUGGCCAAACGUGUUCAGCGAGGAUGUGCAAUUAUUACUCAUCGUAAUACCGUGUACAACCAUCUGAAUGAAGACAAGUCAAAUAUACAAUCACGAUUACUGUUGAAAUUUAUUGAAAAUAGGCAACAAGUUCCAAAUUACAUGUGCUGUUGUUGCGAAGGAGCCUUUUUUGAAGCAGGUGUUGUGAAAAUUACUCGUGAAAAGGUAAAAUUAAAACUGAAGAUCAAAGCCCGAUUCAGUGAAUCGAUAAUCGACUCUCGAAUUUUGAAUAGUUAUGAUGAACGAAUGCAAAAUUAUGCUUGUCAUACAUGCAUCAGAUAUAUAGAAAAUGGGAAAGUACCAAAACUGGCGAGUAGCAAUGGAUUGAAAUUACCUCUAGUACCUGAAUGCUUAAAAAUUCUUAACGAUAUUGAAGAGAGAUUGCUGGCUCCAUUUGUUCCAUUUAUGAAAGUUAUUCUAAUGUCCCACCGAGCUUCAAACCCGCAAGUAGGAAUGAAAGGCAGCGUCGUAUACAUUCCUGUAGAUGUGAAUGAAAUGAUUUUAUCGCUUCCAAGAAAUCUUCACAAUGUUAAUAUUAUGGCAAUUCCCGUAGAUUUUAAAAGAAAUCUAGGACAUUCUUCCAGUUAUCUCCGCGGAUAUGUUCGUCCAGAAGUACUCAAAAAUGCGGCAAAUUAUUUGCGGAGCACAGAGCUGUACCAAAAAUAUGGCAUAGAAUUCGCAAAUAAUUUUUCGGAUGAGUAUGAAAAUGACGCGAACAUCGAUGACUUAAUCUCAUUAAAAGAUGGAAAUGAAAAUAUUGCGUAUGAUGAUGAUAUGGAUAGUGAAAACGAAUUUUACCAACAACUGAAUGAUGGAGAUGAUGAAUGUCUCUUAUUUGAUUUCAACGAAAUUGUGGCAAAUAACUCAGUGGUUGUGAUGGCCCCAGGCAUUGGUCAACGACGGGCUAAACUGCUGCUAUACUACCAAAAUGUUGGUGGUAUUAAUUCAAUCGUUGAGCAAUACCGUCUUGCAGUCUCCGACAAGAGUUUUGACAUCAUUGUCUUCGUCGAAACAUGGUUGAACGAUGACACACUUUCCAGUCAGGUGUUUGGUACUGAAUACGAGGUGUUUCGUUGUGACCGGAGCCCUAGCAACAGCCGAAAAUCCACCGGAGGCGGCGUAUUAGUAGCGGUUAAAACCAGCUUGAAGGCAAGAAUCGUCGAGAACACUUCUUGGGAUUGUCUAGAGCAGGUUUGGACGAUUAUCGAGCUUGGCGACCGCAUGUUCCAAAGAAAGUUCACCAUCGACAAACCGGCCCUCCAUGGCAAACGAAUACUCUGCGACGGCUGA